GCGGCUUGGCGCUUCUCGGCGGUCGGAGACAUGGUGAGGUUUAAUUGCCUUCCUUUCCUUCUGGACCUGUGUGAGAGUACUUGGAGCAGUGACUGCCAUCUGGUGGCAAGCCAGAAUCAUCACCUUGUUGUAAACUAAUGGUCACAAAGACGCCCACUCUUGACUCCCAUGGUAUGCACUGCCAGCAGGGCACAAGGAGAGCCUGGACGGUGUCUGAUGAAGGAGCCUAGUGAAAUAACCCUUCGCUUCCACCUGAACCAGUUGUUCACCCCAGAGUCUGAGCCAAGAGCCAGCUCUAAAAUGGUGCCUCUGAAGAGAAGAUUUGAAUUGUUCUUGUGUUUUAGUCUAAGAUCUGCUGGUUAAUGACCAGCAGGUAACCGAGACCGUGAAUAAGUGCACACCAAAAGGGGCACGUGAUGACAUGGAGCCUGAAAUAAACUGUUCCGAAUUGUGUGACGGUAUUCCUGGCCAGGAGCUGGAUCGGAGUCCUCUUCAUGAUCUCUGCAGGACAAUCACCUCUUCCCACUAUAGCAGUAAGACCAUUUCUUCAUUAUCUCCUGUCCUUCUGGGUGUUGUGUGGACCUUUCUCAGCUGUGGACUUCUUCUGAUAGUCUUCUUUCUUGGCUUCACAAUUCGCUGCAGGAAUAACAGGAUUGUGAAGAUGUCCAGUCCCAAUCUGAACAUUGUGACCUUACUUGGCAGUUGUCUGACUUACAGUAGUGUUUAUCUCUUUGGGAUUCAAGAUCGAGAUGCUUUAGUGGAAGGCUCAAUGGAAACUCUCAUUCAGAUAAGACUAUCCAUGCUGUGCAUUGGGACCUCCCUUGUGUUUGGCCCCAUUCUGGGGAAGAGCUGGCGACUCUACAAGGUGUUUACCCAGAGGGUCCCGGACAAGAGAGUGAUAAUCAAAGACCUGCAGCUACUGGGGUUGGUGGCAGCCCUGGUGAUAGCUGAUGUGAUCCUGCUUGUGACGUGGGUGCUGACUGAUCCCAUCCAGUGCCUCCAGAUUCUUGGUGUCAGUAUGACGGUGUCAGGGAGAGAUGUGUCCUGCUCUCUGACCAGCUCACACUUCUGUGCUUCCCGGUACUCUGAUGUCUGGAUUGCUCUUGUUUUGGUGUGCAAGGGCCUGCUGCUGCUAUAUGGUGCCUACCUGGCUGGCCUGACUGACCACGUCAGCUCUCCUCCCGUGAAUCAGUCUUUAACCAUCAUGGUUGGGGUCAACCUUGUAGUAGUGGCUGCUGGGCUUCUCUUCGUGGUCACCCGAUACUUGCACUCCUGGCCCAACCUGGUCUUUGGACUCACAUCUGGAGGUAUCUUUGUUUGCACAACCACGAUCAACUGCUUCAUCUUCAUUCCCCAGCUGAAGCAGUGGAAGGCAUUUGAAGAGGAAAACCAAACAACCCGACGCAUGGCCAAAUAUUUCAGCACUCCCAGCAAAAGCUUCCAUACCCCGUAUGGUGAGGAGCAGAAUUGCCACACUGGAGGAGAGAGAAACUCCAUGGACAGACUCCUCACAGAAAAAAAUGCUAUGAUUGAAAGCCUGCAGGAACAAGUAAACAACGCCAAAGAGAAGCUAGUGAGGCUGAUGUCAGCCGAGUGCACCUUCGCGCCCUCAGAGUGGGCUGUCCCUCCUUCCUCUUCCCACAGCAAGAACAUCCUGGUUGCAGCCUCUGCCCACAACCUGGUAGCUCAAGGGCCUUCGGAAUGCCUCUCUGACUCUCAGAAUGGUACCAGUGUGGCUGCCCCGGUUGGCUCCCAGAGCACCUCAGUGCCCUCCUCAAGUAUACAAAGCCUGGAGCGGGCUGUGAAGGACACCAGCUCCUCCCCAGGGCAGAAGGAGAAAAUUUCUAGCUUGAAAGAUGUUUCUGAGCAUUUAAAUUUGGGCUGCAGCCAGAAGCCAUGGCCUAAUCAAAGUCGAGGUGCAGAAAGGCGAGACCAAGUACCCAUGAAUCCCCACCAGAGUCUCAUACCAGGGGGAGAAGGCCCCGUUCCCCAGAGACAGGGGCAGCUGGAGAACUCAGAGGAGCCCCAAAAGCGGCUGUCAAGGGUCAAUUCAGUGAUCAGGGAGAAGCUUCAGGAAGUCCUACAAGAUCUGGGCCUGGGCACUGAGGCUCCCUUCCCCUCUUCCCUGUCCUAUCCCCAGCAGCCCUGGAAGAGCAAUUCUACCCACAGCCCCCAGAUGAUUCCCCUCUCCAAGGAGCUGGGCUUCAGCCCAUACAUGGUGAGGAGAAGGCGGGCAGCACUGCGGGCUCGCUCACAUUUCCCAGGCUCUAUACCUUCAUAUGUGGGGCAUCGUGCAAAUAAGACUGGGGCACACAGUGGGCGGCUAAAUGUGCACAAUAGGGACAGUGCCUGCCUGGAUCCCCAAACUGCUGAUUCCAGAGUUCCAAAACCCUCUUCCAGGAAGACUUCACUACUCCCAGAUCCUCAAGGCAAGCUGGGCACCAUGGAGGGCAGCAAACAAAGCCAGACAGAGCCCCAGGGGGCCACAGGGAGCCAUGCAGCCUUUCCCCACCAGCCUUCUGGCUCUGACUGGGCAUCGUGUCCCACUGCCCCACACCUAUCCAGGGCCUCACCAGACGUUCCUGAGCAGCAGCUGCUGCUGCCCCUGGGAUUCCCACACUGUCCCUCUGUGUCCUCUCCAUGCAACUACCUUGACACUGAGUCCAGCAGCUCAGAUGAGUUCUUCUGCCGCUGCCACCGGCCCUACUGUGAAAUCUGCUUCCAGAGCUCCUCUGAUUCCAGUGACAGUGGCUCAUCAGACAGCGACCCUGACCCUGCUGGCGGGCUGGCUUCCUGGGAGAAGCUGUGGGCCCGCUCAAAGCCUAUCGUGAACUUCAAAGAUGAUUUGAAACCCACGCUGGUGUGAAAAGCAGCAGAGUGGGUCUGGAUAUAGAGGUUGGUUCAGGACAAGCCAUACCAAGGCCUCUAGGUGGAAGGCCAGUUCUGUCCUUCAGGAAACAGAUCGGUGCCCUGAACUGAUCAAGCCUUUACCAUGUUUCAGUUAUGCUCACUUGAGCACUGUGCUACCUUGAGGUCUUCUCAAUCUAUCAAAAGAGGGGUAUUGCCUGUCUCGUUACUACCUCACAGCAUUCCUAAAAAAGACUCUGGUUGAGUGACCAUAAAAGAUAACUUUUAGAUAAAAGGUGCUAAAUGAGCACAGAGGGUCUUCCAUCCUGGUCAGUCUGUAUUCUACAAAACUCUUAAUAUAUACCAAGUGGAUAACUUUGCAGACAUACAGAUGGAGAGAUAGAAGGAGAGUUUCUGCAGAACCAGAGUUGUAGACUGUGACCCAGCAAACUGGCCUUCUGGUGGACAGACCUGCUAGGAAGAAAGUCUCUUACAUUCUUGUGUGCCCCGCUCUUGGUAGGGGGUGGUUGUAUUUCUGCUGAAGUUUAUGAACACCACCACCCCUCAUUUCCAGCUUCUGACCAGACUCAGCUCAGAACCACCUGUACACCACUGUUUGGUGCACAUGUCUUUCUGCCAUUAUGGCAUCUCACCAGCAUCCCUGAGACUGUCAGGUCUCCAUGUGUGCAUAGGCUCCCCAGGUCUCAUUCUUGAGCUCAGAUGACACCGGAGUCCCAGACUGUGACCUAGUCCCUGUGGCCCAUCUCUUUGACUCUUCCAGUGGUACAGUUUUGUACUGGGAGGGGGCGGAGGGUGGGAAAAGCACGCACUGGCAAUUUCUGAUGGGGUAGGAGAGGCCCUGUUUGUCAAGAGGUGAUUUUGGUGCCAUUGGGAUAACAUACAACUACAUAAACCUGGAAAUAGAAAAUGGGGAAAUAUAAAGGAAGAAAUGGGGGAGAAGGCAGGAAAAGAAAAUAGGUUUUGAAUAUUUAACUUGAGUCUAGCAUGGUACUUGGCAAUAUAAAAUUUCAGUAAUUCCUUAUGAUAACCCUGUGAAGUAGGCACUCUUGUUCCCAUUUCACAGAUGGGGAACAUGGGGAAUUUGAGGCUUGGAGAACUGAGGUAACUUCCCCAGAUAUCACACUGCUAGAGAGUGGCCCACAUAGGACUUUCCCACAGUUCACAGGACUCCCAAGGCGGUAGAUUUCCCUGAGGGCACAUCUCUUCAUUCAUUCUCCUGGGAGUGGCCAGCAGGGCUGGGCAGGCCAGACAGUAGACCAAGGUAGUGCUCACCCCGCGGUUGCCAGUAACAGAACUGAGUCCCUGGCCUCAGGCAGCAGCCCCCCACUGCCUCACUGCCCCAGGAGCCCAUCCACACCUCUCAAGGGAGCCGGGGAGUUGGUGAAGAGCCAGGGCCUGAACAUAACCACCCCUGGUACCACAGGGAAAGCGCAACGGGGUCCAUUUUGCCUUAAGCGAUUGAUGUUUACAGGCCGUCCCCCCGCCCCACCUCCCACUCCCUGUGUGUUCGUCUUUGUGUAUUCAUGUUUGUGUGCAGGAGUUUGGGCCUCAUUAGAUAUGCUUGCAGGGGGUCGAUGGGCUCCAAAUGUCUCACAGAAGAUUGGUCCUGAGCUCUCAGGGCUGCCGACACUUCGUGAAUCUCCAGACACUGGACUGGGAAGCCCUCCUGGUAGCACGGAUUCCUCUACCGUUUACUUUUAAAUGCAAAUGUCAUAAUUUAUUCUGUCUGUGGGUUUGUAGUUUCCACUUGUGCUGUUUGUAUGCUGUCCAAGUGACACCUUAAUAAACCAGAAAUGGCUCCCAAAGCAAGUCUCUUUAGAAA